UUUUUACAGAUGACUGAGUGAAGAUCAGCCAUGAAUCUUGUGAUAUUAGCAAGCUUGAUGGCGUUUCCAUGCUUGUCAUAUUCCACCCCAACGACAAUCAGAGACUCCGAAGGAAACUACAGCGUCUGUUGCGAACCCGUCUGCAUCGAACGAGCAAACAUGAUCAAAGAGGCACUGAACACGUCCGUUAAUCCUUGCGAUGAUUUCUACUCGUACGCCUGCGGCGGAUGGGAGGAGAAACACCCAAUACCGGAUACCAAGUCGAGCAUCGGGAGUUUCGACCUACUUCACGAUGAACUGCAAGAGACUCUGAGAAGCAUAUUUCAAAACAUGACGCUCGUAGAAGAGAAUCAAAAUAUAACAGACAAGGUUGCUGCUGUCUACAAUGCCUGUGUCGAAGUUCCGACAAAGGAAGAUCAAGUCGAAGUUCUUUACAGCUUAAUGAAUAUUUCGGGGUUUGGUCAGUGGCCAAUAAAGCGUGGAGACAGUUCUCCCACUAUAGGAAACUGCACGGAAGUGCUUAACAAUAUUCCCAUAGUUGCCCUGCUGCCAAUGUACAUUGACAGAGAUGUCAAGCUGCUUAAUUCUUCCGUGGUUCAGAUGGACCAAUUAGGUUUUCCAUGGGUGGGUAGGAACCAGCUUCUCCAUCCCAAUACAACUGAAAAUAAGCCGAUAAUCGCAGCCUAUAAGACGGUUGUUAAGACGGCGCUGAAACUCAUGAACUCAACGUUAACUGAAGACGAAGUGUCUGCGCUUGCCGACACACUCGUGGAUUUCGAAGGACAGCUAGCCAACUUGACGGCCCCUCCCGAAGAAAGACGCAACUUCAUGGAACUCUAUCACAGAACCACCAUCGGCAAACUACAAAAGAAUUUCACGCAAAUUCCACUGCUUCAAAUGCUCAAUAAACAGUUUUCAUUGGUGAACAUUACGUUAAGCGAAAACGAGACGAUAGAACUCUAUGCUAUGGAAUACUACAGUAAAUUAGACGAAUUUCUUGGGUGCGUUGACUGCGAGACCCUUUUCAACUUCGCCGGAUUACGAGAGAUUCUGAAUUGGGCUGCGCGAGCAUCGCAGGAAUUCCGUAAUGUUUCGUUCGAGCUGACCAAAGCCUCUUCAGGAAUCAAGGUCGAGAAGCCCAGAUGGGAAAAGUGCGUCAGCGCAAUCAAUGGCAUGAUGCCAGAGAUCGUCGGCUACCUCUACGUCCUACAAAAGUUCAGCGAAGAAGCCAAGAAAGAGGUGGAAGACCUCGUCCGCAGGCUGACGACAAUAUUCAAUGAAACGGUUCAGAACAACGACUGGAUGGACAAUAAAACUAAGUCUGCUGCAGAAGAAAAGUUGGCAAAAAUGACUUCGAAAAUCGGAUAUCCUAGCUGGCUAUUGAACAAGACAUAUCUUGAGCAGCUUUAUAUAUACGUACCAAACCUAAAUUUGAGCAGCCCCUACUUGGAGAUGUCUUACUACAUAGAAGCCAACAACUGGAAGCGACAAAUGCUGCAGCUGCGAAAGCCAUAUGACAAGGAAUCUGUGUGGUUCGUGGGUCCCGCGGUUGUGAACGCUUUCUACAAUCCGGCUGCCAACGAAAUGGUGUACCCGUCUGGUAUACUUCAAGGUGUGUUCUACCAGUAUGGUCUUCCCCGUUCUCUUAACUUUGGAGCUGUUGGAAUGGUGGUCGGACACGAAAUGACACACGGCUUCGAUGACACAGGAAGCCAGUUUGACGCAGAUGGCGCAUUGAAGCAAUGGUGGACAAAUGAAACUCGUGCCGAAUUCAACAAAAAGGCUGAAUGUUUCAUUUAUCAGUACGGAAACAUCACUGACGAGGAAGCCAACAUGACGAUCAAUGGGAGAAACACAGUCGGUGAAAACAUCGCCGACAACGGCGGCAUGCGAAUGGCCUUCAAGGCGUAUGAAAGACUGCUACAAGACGAAUGCCAUGGUCAAGACACUCGGCUGCCCGGACUGACGGACCUGUCAGGAAAGAAGCUGUUCUUCAUAGCAGAGGCAAUGGUAUGGUGCAGUCGAAUGCGCAAAGAGCGGCAGCAGUUUCUAAUUCAGUACGACCCGCACAGCCCCGAUAAAUAUAGAGUCAACAUACCAAUGCAGAACAUGGAAGAAUUUUCGGAGGUAUUCCAAUGCAAAAAUGAUUCGGCGAUGAACCCACGACAGAGGUGCAAGUUGUGGUAAAGUGUAUUCAUAUGAAGUAACGAAGCAACUGAGCAAGAAAGGAGACAACUUAACCCAUUACACGCGUGAGAGUGACUUCCCAAAUAAAAGAA